UCAAUCUGUGGAUCCAAUCCAUACUAUUCCAUACUCCUGCAGCUGAUGCAUCUUUGGCGUUGACGUACUGAUUUCGAAUUUAUCACAGUAUCGUAUUGUUAAUGCUGUGAUCAACACACACCAUGUCUUCUGCACCUAUAGCAGAAAGAAAUCAAGAUGCGACUGUAUAUGUCGGUGGUCUGGAUGAAAAGGUUCAGGAGAACAUUCUAUGGGAGCUGUUUCUGCAGGCAGGGCCUGUGGUUAACGUGCACAUGCCCAAAGACAGAGUGACCCAGUCUCACCAAGGCUAUGGCUUUAUUGAGUUUAUGAGUGAGGAAGACGCUGAUUAUGCCAUCAAAAUCAUGAACAUGAUCAAACUGUAUGGAAAGCCCAUACGUGUAAACAAGGCCUCUGCACAUACGAAACGACAAGACAUCGGAGCAAAUAUUUUCAUUGGAAAUCUGGAUCCAGAGGUUGAUGAAAAGCUUUUGUAUGACACGUUUAGUGCCUUUGGAGUUAUCCUUCAAACACCUAAGAUUAUGAGAGACAAAGCGUCAGGUAAUUCCAAAGGGUACGCCUUCAUCAAUUUUGCAAGCUUUGAGGCUUCCGACGCUGCCAUUGAAGCCAUGAAUGACCAGUACUUGUGCAACAGACCAAUCACCAUUUCCUACGCAUUCAAGAAAGAUUCCAAAGGAGAGCGCUGUGGCUCUGCUGCAGAGCGACUUUUAGCGGCCCAGAACCCGUUGUCCUUGACGGGCAGGCCUCACCAGCUGUUCGCUGACGCCCCCCCUCCUCCGACACAGCCGCCAGCUGCACAGGUGGCGCCCCCUGGUCUGGUCCCUCCCCCUCCUCCCCCCAUGGGCGUCACUCCCAGCCUACCUCCAGUGCCUGCCCCUCCCGUCAUAGUGCCCAGUUCAGGCCCCCCAUCUCUGGCUGCUCCACCUCCCCCCGCCCCAUCCCCUCUCCCCCCUCCGGGCCCACCCAGCAUGCAGCAGAACUACAACCCCAUGGGUAUGCCAGGCAUGGCACCCCCUCCACCCAUGCCACCAGGAACGACCCCCAGUUUCCAGCCGAACCAGAUGCCCCCACGGCCCCCUCCCCCACCCAUGUCAAGCAGUAUGGACAACAGUGGCAACCAAAUGAUGAUGAACACCAAUCCAAUGAUGGGCCAGGGUGGAGGUAUGCAGGGCAUGAACCAGAUGCCGCCCCCGCCCAACCAGAUGAACAACAUGAACUUUGGUCCCCCCGGUCCUCAAGGACCUCCGCCGGGACCCCCGGGUCAUCACGGACCUCCAGGCCCUCCUCCUGGCAUGAGGCCGCCACCCCCGGGCUGGAGGGGACCUAUGCCGCCCAGAGGACCUCCUAUGGGAUUCGGUCCCCCUGGCAGCAGAGGGCCCCCACCUAUGCGAGGUCCGAUGAACGGACCAAUGAACGGGCCCCGAGGGCCGAUGCCACCACGAGGGAUGAGAGGUCCGCCUCCAGGAAUGAGGCCCCCUCCUCCCCGAUUCGGCGGUGGGGGUAACCAGGGCAAUAUGGAGUACUAGUGUGUGUGUUUGUUUGUGGUUGUUUUGUUGUUUUUGUCAGGCAGCAGCGGCUGUCCACAAGUCGCAAAGUGGACCUUUUGAGUGCAGCCAUUAAUGUUUUAGUAAUAAACUUACUAGAGCUAGAUCUGUGGGAAGUUUAUGGCUGAGAAAAAUGGAAGUAAAACAUUAAGUAAGGCUCUCAAAAUUUUCAAUUAAUAUCAUGUACAGCCAGUGUAGUUUGCACCCCGUGGGUUUGCAUUCUUUGUUCUCUCUCAUCAUAACAUUACUGGUAGUCUUAGAGGUGAAAUGCUUGCCUCUUUUGCCAAAGUGCCUGGUUCAGUUCCCUGUUCCAGCAGACGUGGUCAGAGGAUAACUUCUGCCUCUUCCCCUGCGACUUUCCCACCCCAGAUCACAGUGUAGCUGGGAGUAAGAGCUUUAUUGUCUUGGAUAGUAAGGUAGACCUCGAAGGUCCUGUUGGCACUUGGAAGGCACUAUUUGUGUGUUCAGAAGGCCAAGCCUGCCCAUGCUGAGGCUGACAACUCUGGUGAAAUAUUUCAUUAGUUGCUUCCCCAACCCAGAAGGAAUGAGAGUACUAUCAGAUAGGACAUGAUGACUGCCUGAAAUUUUGAAAAAGCAACUGACUCUUAGUUUUGUUUGGCAUGAAUGUGUAAGUUUUAGUUUUAGGCUAAAAAAUUAGCUGCGUCAUGGGUGCAAGAACGUACAAUGAACGGGCCCCGUACAAUGAUAUAUCGCAGUUGUUUGAGUAAGCUGUGCGGUUUAUUCCUUCACAUUGUGAGUUAAUGAAAAUGUUUUUAUGGUUUGUGUAGGACUUUGUUUUUUUUUACCUGUGAGAACCACUUUGAAGGAUGUAUGAUUGUUAAGACCAGUACACAGUGGGAAUAAUUGUAAAGUGUGCUGUUCCCAGUGCUAUGAUUUGUAUAUAUGUGGUUUUCUGUUAUUACAUUGAUGUCACUGUAAAAUAAAUUUCAUCCCAUACAAUAC